UCAUAACAAAAGGUAUAUCAGCUCUAAAUGACAAAGUUGAGAGUAUAUCAGACCCUUUUCCCACAUAUAUAUAUAUAGUAGCAAACAAAUGCUUGUGUAAUGGUUAGUAUCCAAAACAAAAAUGUCUUGGAUUUUGUCAAACUCCACCGUUCCUUUAUCAUUUACAUUUGCGGUGCAAAAUAUUAAUUUCUUUGGAAGUUUGUUGAUUGUUAAUUGUUGAUUGUUGAUUGUUGAUUGUUGAUUGUUGAAUCACAUGCCAACUGCCAAAUUGUUGUACCUAUGUCCCAAUAGUGGUACCAAAACCUACUAUAUUCUGCUUUAACUAAAGGCUCUCAAACUUCCUGUUUUCCUAUCCGAUGUCUCGAUAUUCAUUUUGAUGUCAAACUAAUCUAAAUUUACAUCGAGAAGUCACAGAGGUGAAUCUGGGUUCACUAGAACCCAUAAGUUACUUCAUUUUUAGAUCCGUCUUCGCUACCACAGCUAUCGUUGGUGGAAAAGACAUUCAAUUUUUCUUUUUAGUUUUUUCACUUGGUGUCACAUUGGAGCCUGACUAAUCUAAGAGUGGCGCCAAGAAGUCUCAUUUUGGAGAAAAGGACUCCUUGCUUAAAAUGAUUUAAUCUCGAACCUGAAACCUCUAAUGAAGUACUUAUCACCCCACCACGAAAACCGUUUGAUAUAUAAGACACUCUUAACUUCCUUCAACAUACUAUUAUCUCCAAGUUCCCAAGAACCAUGGCUUCUUCUUCUUUACUCCUUUUCCUCUCUAUCAUUACUUUCCUCUUUCCCUUUAUUUCUUCAUCAAAAUCCUCCACAACAAUCCCUCUUUCAUUUCUCAACACCAACAGAAACCAAGAUUUCUACCAAAAACUCACUCAUUUAGCUUCUUUCUCUUUAGCUAGAGCUCAUCAGAUCAAGAAUCCUCAAGAUUCUUCAAUUUCCAACAUCCCUUUAUAUCCUCAUAGCUAUGGAGGCUACUCAAUUACUCUUCCAUUUGGUACUCCUCCUCAAAAAAUCCCAUUUGUAAUGGACACUGGUAGUAGCUUUGUUUGGUUCCCAUGUACUAAAAAGUACCAAUGCUCAAAAUGUCCUGUUUCUUCACAAAAAAAUCCAACUUUUAUUCCAAGAUUGUCAUCUUCAGCUAGAGUUCUUGGAUGCUUAAAUCCAAAAUGCAGUUGGAUUCACCCAAAAAACAGCCCGAAAUCUCUUUGCCAUGUUUGCGAAUCGCGUAAUAGAACAAACUGUAAACAUGCUUGUCCCCCUUAUAUGAUUCUUUAUGGUUCAGGUUCCACAGCUGGAAUUGGCCUAGUUGAAACACUGAACUUACCAAACAAGAAAAUACCCAAUUUUCUUGUUGGUUGUUCUUUACUCUCCUCUCAACAACCCGCGGGAAUCGCGGGGUUUGGGAGGGGAAUGUCAUCAUUGCCAAACCAAUUAAGAGCUAAGAAACUGUCUUAUUGUCUUGUAUCUCAUAGGUUUGAUGAUAUUCCGAAAAGUAGCAUGCUUGUUUUGGAUACUGUUUAUGAAAAGUCGAAAAAUUUAACCCGUACCCCAUUGCUAAAAACUCCAUUUGUUGUUGGAAGAAAUGCAUUAGCAGGGUACUACUAUGUUGAAUUGAGAGAAAUCACUGUUGGUGAUCAGAUAGUGAAGGUACCAUAUCGAUAUCUGGCACCGAAUUCAUUAGGGAACGGUGGAACGAUUGUGGAUUCAGGCACGACGUUCACUUUCUUGAAUCAUGAUAUAUUUGUGUCUGUGAUGAAUGCAUUUGUGAACCAGGUAAAGGGGUUAUCAAGAACUGAGGAAAUCGAAAGAUUGACAAAUUUAAAGCCAUGUUUCAAUGUUUCAGGGCAUAAAACAGUGUCACUGCCAGAGAUGAAGUUUCAUUUCAAAGGAGGUUCAGAGAUGGUAUUGCCAUUGAACUUUUUUCAUGAGUUUGAUCUCAAAAAUGACAUGUUUGGGUUCAGGCAUCAAGUGUGCUAAUGAGUAAUGAGAACGAUGUUGCUCAGACUCUCUAAAAACGUUAUCAGGUUAUGUUGCUCGAAUGCUUUUUCAAAGAGUACGAGCAAGGUUAAGUGUUGGAUGUGCUAUGUUUGGUGGAUCUAGCAUGUUGUAGUCGACGUUUUUUUAAGAGUCUGAACAGUAUAGCUACGUGAAAAGUGCUUGAAAGACUUCAGCUUUUGUGUAGUUCUUUUACUUGAACUUUAGAAUAUAAGAUAAAAAUAACAACAAAUGAUGUUUUGUUCAAGUAAAAGUAUUAUUAUUUAUCUCAUCCCACGUAUUAAACGAUAACUCUGCAAGUGAAAAUAGAGAAAAAUAUUCUAGAGUUUGAA